AUGCUGCUGUAUGCACUGUUCGGUUGGUUUGCGGAGUUGGUGGCCGUUUUCUUUGUGCUUAGGUACAUGAUCAAGCAGAGGAAGAAGAAACUGCGCACCGAGACAUCUAAUGAGAGUCAAGCAACGCCCUCCUUCGGGUUUCUGCACCCUCACUCACUCUCUGGCGGCGGUGGAGAACGCGUUCUAUGGUGUGCGGUGAUUGCAACCCGCAAAGUGUUCCCGGACUCGCCACUCGUCAUCUACAGCGCGUGGGCAGAUGCAGGCGUCAAGCUCGAAGAGGCAGUAGACAGGUCAAGGCUAAAAGUCCGCGAGCAAUUUGGACUCGAUUUAGCGGACGUUUCAUUCGUUCCUGUGGACAUCAAGUGCGCUCACUUAAUUGAUCCGUCGCAGUACCCACGCCUGACGUUGCUUCUUCAAGCACUUGGGGCGUGCUUUAUGGGUUUCCACGCCUUCUGGGAGCAACCAGUGGAUGUCUUCGUCGAUACUGCCAACCUCACUUUCUCGCUUGUGACUCCGAAAGCAUUUGGUGCGCAAACUGUUUCCUACGUGCAUUACCCGACCGUGUCGACGGAUAUGCUCACUGUUGUGCGGACGAGAAGAGCGCGAUUUAACAACAGUUCCGCCAUUGCUCGUUCUGCCGGACUGUCGUUCGCGAAGCUAAUGUACUACCAUGCUUUUGCGCAUCUCUACGCAUUCGCUGCUCUUUGCUGUGACAUUCCGAUGGCAAACUCAUCAUGGACGAGAAAUCAUUUGAACUCGGUAUGGUGGAAAAGAACGAGUGUCGAAACUGUAUUUCCACCCUGCCCGACUUUUUGCGAAGAGGCCACCGUCGCUUUCCCUCGAAACGAAUCUUUGAUUGUAUCUGUUGGACAGUUUAGGCCGGAGAAAAACCAUGCUCUUCAGCUUGACAUGAUGGAAAAGCUGGCCGAGCACGACCACCUCAAGGCUACGCUUCUCAUGAUUGGAGGGGUGCGAAACGCAUCGGAUGCAGCUCGCGCAGAGACGCUGCGCAAGCAAGCGGAAGAGCGCGGGCUCGCGGUGAAGGUAGCAGUGAACAUAAGUCGCGAAGCAUUGCGAACUGCAUUGCGACGCGCCUCUGUUGGGGUACAUACUAUGCGCGACGAGCACUUUGGUAUAUCAGUGGUCGAACUGCAAGCCUACGGGUUGAUAACUGUAGGUCAUCGCAGCGGGGGUGUAGAGCUCGAUAUUAUCGACGACGGCGUCACAGGGUUGCUCGCUGGGGACACAGCAGAGGAAUAUGCUGAAAAAGUGAAUCAUGCUCUUCGCGGCAUGAGCAAGGAGAAGCGCGAGGCUAUGAGGGAGGCAGGGAUGGAAAGCGCGAGACGCUUUUCAGAGGAAGCUUUUCAAGAAAAAUUUGGGAGCGUGCUUGUGAAAAGAAUUGCGAGUCAUUAG